AUGCCUUCAGAGGGUGUCCCCAAGUGCCAGCGGUGCCGUAGGGAUCACAAGAAGUGCUCACCCGAGAACAGGCAAUGGCCAGGGACAAAGUGUGACCGUUGUGAGAACUAUGGCUACGAGUGUUCCGAAAACCUUAUGGCGCGAAGGUCGUCUCAGAAAGAUAUGGACACAUCACAGCCAGUUAACCGUCUUAUGGAAGCCUACCCGCAUAAUCGAUUUUUUGGCUGCCCCCAGGAAAUACCGCGACCAGUACCCGUACACCCUCAGAUUCCCGCUGUUGGCGUAAUCAACCAGCAAACGCACUUUCAGUCCCCUUGGGCAGGGCUAUUUGACUACCUGAGGAAUGUCGACUGGCUCAGCUUAACCUGCUCUCCUACUCCUAUGACUUCCAAUCCAUUUUUUACAAUGUUCCGCUCAUCUAUCUGCCCAGUACCCGAUAUUUCAGCAACUCCGCUGGGCCAGCGAUUGAUGUACCUGGAAGCAUUCGCGCAAAGCCAGAGAUAUAUGCAGGACCCCUCGGUCGCCCUCUCUGCAUCUCCGCUGGAGAUAUCUAUCAAUCUCAUAGCUACACGGUUACAGAGGGAUUUUCCUCGAAUAACUGGCAUGUUUAGCUUCGAUGAACUUGUCUCUAUUUGUGGCACCUAUGUUCGCUACGGCUCUUACUGGAACGUGUUUCGGACCGCCCUCCAGACCGAUGAAAUCCUGCUUGUCGACCCUGCUUUUUCAUUCGAUAUGGAUAUACCUAAAACCACAUUUGAGAGCGCCCAGCAAAUAUGGUUAUGCCCUGAAUUCGGGCUAAAACAGUUCUGUCAAAAACUCUCCGGCGUUAGCCAGAUGAUUUCUGAUCUUGCUCGAACUGAACAACAUUCGGAAGCAAGAGCAUUUCUCGCAUCUAAGAUACCCGAUCGCAUCGAGGAAGUUCUUGGGCCCCGGGUUGCUUCUUCGACAAUACACAACUACCCUUCCCCUUUUUUUCCACCAGAUACGAUGACGAGCUCCCCCGUUGAGUUAACGGACGGUGACGUCUAUUCACCUUCCACAUCUGCGGGCGGCGACGGGUCUGAAGACGGCUAUUCAUUAGACGGGAGGGGAUUCCAACCCAUGACGGAGAGCGACCGCUAUAAUGAUGCCUGCUUUUGGGGUAAUUAA